AUGGCCGCAGAGACGUACUCGGGCGUCGCGGCCAUCAUCCGCAACCUCGCCCGCCAACACGACCCCGCGCGAGAUGCCAGCUUCAGCGCCCAGGUCUCGGCCAACGGCGCCAAAACCGCCGCCAACGCCAUCGCCCUGCCCGGCCCCGAGAGCGACGAAAAGACACAACUCGAGCACGAGCUGGCCGCCCUCUGCUCCCGCAUAGACUUCCUCGAGCACAAGUGCAACGCCGCCGCCGCAAAGUCGGGCCAGUUCCCCUUGACCCCCGCACAGGAGCCGCCCGAGGACGGCGUGCUCUACACACAGGCGGGUGCCAUCCGCAACAGCAACGGCCCCCCAGGCCAGGCCCGCCGCGGUUCCAACAAGGAGCGCGCCAUCUGGGUCUCCAACUGGCUCGCUGCAAAAGAGACGAAUGGUGGCGAUGAAGAGCCUGCUGCCGCGCUCACCGAAGAGCAGCUCAACUAUCUCCGCGUCCACCUGAACCAACAGGCCGACCAGAUCAGGAACCAGCGCGAACACAUUGACAACCUAAGCCGCGAAGUAAACAAGCAACUGACGACACAGAGUAUGGUAUUCGAACACGGCAUCGAGGACAUUGGCGCACUGAAACGAGAGCUCGGCAAGCACCAGCAAGCGAACUUGGCCUUCCAGAAAGCGCUCCGGGAAAUCGGUGCCAUUGUCACGGCGGUUGCCAUGGGAGAUCUCAGCAAAAAGGUGCUUAUCCAUGCCAAAGAAAUGGACCCUGAAAUCACACUUUUCAAACGCACAAUCAAUACCAUGGUGGACCAGCUGCAGGAAUUCGCCAGUCAAGUCACUUUCCUCGCCCGAGAGGUAGGCACCGAAGGUAGACUGGGCGGUCAGGCAAACUUACCCGGAGUUGCUGGCAUUUGGGCUGAGCUGACGGACAGUGUAAACAUGAUGGCCAAUAAUCUCACCGAACAAGUGCGAGAGAUCGCCGUCGUGACCACGGCUGUCGCUCAUGGUGAUCUGAGCCGCAAAAUUGAGCGCCCGGCCCGAGGAGAGAUCCUUCAACUGCAGCAGACGAUCAAUACCAUGGUGGACCAACUACAGUCAUUUGCCACCGAGGUCACAAAAGUCGCCAGAGACGUCGGCACCGAGGGCAAGCUCGGCGGCCAGGCUGAAAUUGCCGGAGUCAAAGGCAUGUGGAACGAGCUCACAGUAAACGUAAACGCCAUGGCCCAAAACCUUACCACUCAGGUGCGAGACAUUGCCCAGGUCACGACGGCCGUCGCCCAAGGUAAUCUCACCCGCAAGGUUGAGGCCCAAUGCAAGGGUGAGAUUCUCGAACUGAAAAACACAAUCAACCGCAUGGUGGACCAACUGCAGCAGUUUGCACAUGAGGUCACAAAGAUAGCAAGGGAGGUCGGAUCAGAAGGUCGCCUUGGUGGCCAGGCCACUGUGCACGGCGUCGAGGGUACCUGGAAGGACCUCACCGAAAACGUCAACGGCAUGGCCAUGAACCUCACCACGCAAGUACGAGAAAUCGCAGAGGUCACGACGGCUGUCGCGCGAGGAGACCUGAGCAGAAAAGUCAAGGCCGAGGUCCAGGGCGAGAUUCUGUCGCUGAAGAUCACCAUCAACACCAUGGUGGACCGGCUGAACACGUUUGCGCAAGAAGUGAGCAAGGUCGCUCGCGAGGUCGGAACAGACGGCAUCCUGGGCGGCCAGGCCCAAGUCGACAACGUCGAAGGCAAAUGGAAGGACCUCACCAACAACGUCAACACCAUGGCCCAGAAUCUCACAUUACAGGUGCGCAGUAUCUCCGAGGUCACGCAGGCCAUCGCCAAGGGAGACAUGAGCCGAAGAGUGCACGUGGAUGCCGAGGGUGAAAUACGGUUACUCAAAGACACGGUCAACGACAUGGUUAUGAGACUGGACGAAUGGUCUCUGGCUGUGAAGCGCGUAGCGCGCGAUGUGGGCGUCGACGGUAAGAUGGGCGGUCAGGCUGACGUGCGAGACAUUGACGGACGCUGGAAAGAGAUUACCACGGACGUCAACACCAUGGCUCAAAACUUGACAUCGCAGGUGCGCGCCUUUGGCGACAUCACCAACGCCGCCAUGGAGGGCAAAUUCACACAAAUCACCGUUGAGGCGUCUGGCGAAAUGGAUGAGCUGAAGAGGAAGAUCAACCAGAUGGUGUCCAGCUUGCGAGAGAGUAUUCAGAGGAACACGGCGGCCAGGGAAGCAGCCGAACUGGCCAACAAGACCAAGUCCGAGUUCCUGGCCAACAUGUCGCACGAGAUCCGAACGCCUAUGAACGGCAUCAUAGGAAUGACGCAGCUCACGCUCGACACCGAUCUUACCCAUGCCCAACGAGAGAUGCUGACCAUUGUGCACAACCUGGCUGGUCAGCUACUCACCAUUAUUGACGAUAUACUGGAUAUUUCCAAGAUUGAAGCCAACCGCAUGGUUAUGGAAGAAAUUCCCUUUUCCAUGCGGGGCACGAUAUUCAAUGCGCUCAAGUCAUUAGCGUCAAGGGCCAACGAGCGCAAGCUGAACCUUGCUUACGACGUCUCCUACACCGUGCCCGACUAUGUUGUCGGUGAUUCGUUCAGGCUGAGACAGAUUAUCCUGAACCUCGUCGGCAACGCCAUCAAGUUCACCGAGCAUGGAGAGGUCAAGGUCGCCAUAUCCAUGGCGGCAGAGCAGGACUGCGGACCCGACCACUACGUCUUCCAGUUUGCCGUGUCCGACACUGGAAUUGGAAUCCGUGGCGACAAGCUCAAUCUCAUCUUCGACACGUUCCAGCAAGCAGAUGGUUCGACAACGAGGAAGUUUGGCGGUACGGGUCUUGGGCUGUCCAUUUCCAAGCGUCUCGUUACUCUUAUGGGUGGUCGCAUGUGGGUAGAGUCUGACUUUGGCAAGGGCAGCGUAUUCUACUUUACAUGCAGAGUCCGUCUUGGCAAGCCGGAAAUCACUGCUAUCCAGCCCCAACUCGUCGCGUACAAGCAGCACACGGUCCUGUUUGUCGACCAGGGCAACACUGGCUUCUCGGACCAGAUCAUCGAGCACCUCAAGACGCUUGAUCUCGUGCCCAUGGUGGUCAAGUCUGUCGAAGAGGUACCGGAGACUACCAAGAGAGCCGACAUGCCCUACGACUGCGUCAUCGUGGACAAUGACAAGACGGCACGAGAGCUCCGCAUUGCCGAGCGCUUCAAGUACAUUCCUCUGGUCAUGCUUACGCCGCACGUGUGCAUCAGCCUUAGGUCUGCACUUGAAAACGGUAUCUCGAGCUACAUGACAACGCCUUGUCUGCCAAUUGACCUGGGCAAUGCGCUCAUCCCCGCACUGGACGGUCGUGCUGCGCCUCUGGUCUCGGACCACUCCAAGUCAUUCCAGAUUCUGCUGGCCGAAGACAACGCUGUCAACCAGAAGCUUGCCGUCAGGAUUCUGGAGAAGUACCACCACAGGGUUACGGUGGCCAAUAACGGUCUCGAGGCCUUUGAGCACAUUCAGAAGAAACGCUACGACUGCGUGCUCAUGGACGUGCAAAUGCCGGUCAUGGGUGGUUUCGAGGCGACGGCUAAGAUCCGUGAAUGGGAGCGUGAAAACGGCAUCCCCUCUACCCCAGUCAUUGCGCUCACGGCACACGCCAUGGUUGGCGAUCGCGAAAAGUGUCUGGCAGCGCAGAUGGACGACUACCUGUCCAAGCCUCUUCGUCAGAAUCAGCUCAUUCAGACGAUCCUCCGCUGCGCCACUGUGGGAAGUACAAUCUACGAUCACACGAGCGAGCCGCGCUACACGGCGUCAUCGCACAUUCCUAACCUGGAGCUGCCAGGAAACACCAAGGACAAAGCCGACACGGCAGCUUCGUCAUCGUCGGCAACAGCGACGGCAAGCCCGAAAAAGCGGCCGCAACUCGAAACCCGGGGCUUCACGGACCGGGGCGGGGGCGCCGACAGCCCGAACCUGUUAGCGGUGGAUCAGACGGAUAAUGGCAGUGUCGAGAGAGUACGUUCCUUGUCCGCUAGUUUGUGA